AUGUGGGCACCCUGGCCGGAGGAGCUGGAGCGCUGCCUGUUCGCCGAGACGCUGGAGGUGGUGGCCGCAGGCGACCAGCCACGGGACCGGGCCGGGGGCCAGCGGUGGGUGGCAGCCCGGUGGGCACCCUACGAGCGGGCGGGAGAGCCGGUGCGGAGCUGCCUCCUGGUGCAAGCCGGCACCCGCAGCAGGCAGGACGGCGUGCCCGGCUCCAGCACCCUCAUAGCCUAUGUGACCCCGCAGCUGGAGACCCUGGAGCAGGAGGAGCAGGAGCGCCUGGAGCUCAGAGCACACACAGUGGAGAGGAGGACCCAUAUGGUGAGCCACCAGCAUGGGAUGACUGUCACAAAGACCCUCCGAGAGGGAGAGGCAGAGCCACAGUGCUGGAGCUUCUCCUACGGCCGGGACAAGAUACGGGGGCUGCUGCCGGAGGGUGCCAGCCUCCUGCUGCUGCGGGUGCUGGCAUGCCAGCAGGCAGUGCCCUCCGGCCUCAUCUUCCCGGCCAUCGACACUGAGGGCCACCUCUGCACCUCCAGCUACCGUGCCCUGGGCAUCCAGCGGCAGGCAGUGGGCUCAGUGGAGGCAGAGGUGUUUGUGAUCGAGCGAGCUGUGCAUGCCAGCACAGGCAUCUCCACCGUGUGGCACAGCAGCUUCCUCCCCAGCGGGCGUUUGGCCCGUCUGGUGCAGGUCGGCUGCCCGAUGCUGGUGCUUCUGCAGGAUGAGUCCGUCCUCGGCAAGACAGGUGCGGUCGAGCCCCCACCCCCCUUCCCCAAACAGCCCCUGGACUGGGAGGAGGACAUCCAGCUCUGCUCCUGGUUCCUGGACAGGAAGGAGGAGCUGCAAGCGUCCCACGCCACCUACAUCCAGCAGCACCCCGAGCUCCGGGUGCUGCUGGCUGACUUCCUCCAGGCCCUGCUCCUCCAGCAGCCCUGUGACCCCGUCUCCUUCGCUGCCCAAUUCUUUGCCCGCCAGCAGCCCCCCACGACCCCCUUUGCCUCCACCGUGGCUGCCAGCCCCCCGCCUUGCCACCCUCCGGCUAAUGGGGAAUAA